AUGGAGGAUUUAAUGGACCGAGUAGAAAUAGCUCAUGAUUUAAUUACCAGGCUCAGACAGUUGCUAACGAUGGAGAAAACAGACUCGGUAAUGGACCAUUCGUUGAACAGGACGAGGUUUUUCAAAAUGGACGACGACUAUAAAACCCAAAACGAAGAGCGAGAAAAUGUUCGACAAAAAGCAUUGGUCGAGAAAAGGAGAAGGGUGCAGUUAUUUAGUGAAACCAUAGACUCCGUCACCGAAAGAUAUAAUUCAGUGGUCGAAACGAUAAAUGCCCCGAAUGACUUCAAGUUUCUAGACGAGUUCAAGACGAAUACAAUACCUUUGGAAUUGAAAAAAAACAUGACAAAAAAGAAAAGAGAUACGAAGGUAAGAAUGUAA